UUCAUUGUUUGGCUCUAUUAUUGAAAAGAGUGCGCUUUACAAUUGACUUAAAAAUGUUUUUUGAUUCGUACAAUUAUCAACCCUUGCCUGGGACUUUGGAGGCAAGAUCAGAUGGACGUGCGGGUUUUGUAAAUCCAAAAACUUUGGAUCAUUUUAAAUAUCGCGGCAAGAAAGAGGGCUUGUUGGAGCAGGAUGAACCCGCAAAAAUUAACUUUGGAACAUUCAAUUUGAAAGAUCACAUCAGUCCUGCAUGUAAACAAACAAUGGAUAAGAUUCGGCCAUUUUACAAAAAUUCGUGCGAUCGCUUUAACAGUCAGCGAUUGGUUGAAGAAGAGGACGAUAAUGAAUUAAAUACUGAUAUUAUGGGUCGUCCAACAAAUGUUAAAAUGAUUGAAAACUUAAGGAAAAACGAAAAUUGCAUGGAAAAUGAGAACACCUUCGGAUAUAAUAUUGGACACACCAUUGGAUAUACCAUUGGUUGUGCCAUUAGAGAUACAAAGAAAUUAAAAAAAGCCGGAUCGUUUUUUAAGGCCGUAUGGAAGCCAGUGAAGAGAUCAGCUGAGAAGUUAUGGAGAGGAAUGAAAAAUGGAGAAACUGAAUACAUUCAGUUUGAUUAAUGAUCUCUUUGUCUCCAUCAUUUGAGUCAAGUAUCCAUCUGCUUGAUUUGGUCCGAGUACGUCUCGGGUAAGAGUUUAAUCAGAAU